GGUCGAUACUCCAGCUUCUUCGACACAGCCUACCCACAGAAAGAAUGCCAACAGGUCCCUUCUAGCCUCGGGCACAAAUCAACUCGUGCUUAAGUCCGCACCAAAGUGUUCCCUCGCCGAAUCUGAUCAACGGUCGGUUCGGAUUCAAUAGAACCCAUCCUCACGUCUUCGGCGACCUCAUCAUGACCGACGCCAACAUAAGGGACCCGUCCCUGAGGAGCAGUGCACCGCAACUGCCUCUAACGGGACGCAACUCUGUCCCCAGAGAGAAGCCGUGGAGCGAACGGUUCCCCAGCAAAGACUUUCAGGACUAUCAAAGACAGACGGCGCUGCGGCUUGCCAAAGCACAAGAAGCCGGUAUACAGUUGUGCGAUAUCUACUUCGAUGCCGCAUGGGGACUUCCUUGGUGGGAAGGAAUGGAAAAAGUCGAUCUGAAGCCGGGUGAAGGGCAAAAUCUGGUGGAGCUGUCGGGCGAUGGGCAGAAGCUGGUGAGGCUGUCGGGCAACGGCGAAUCCUCGUACGGUUCUAACAAGAGAGCCAAAACGGUACCCCAUGAGCAUCUCAAGGCACUGAAGGAGCUUGUUGAUAAGAAGCGCGUCAAGACUAAGCUUGAAGGGGCUGAGGAUAUCAUCACCCAGAAGCCCGCGAUCCCUGGCCCGGAACCUGGCAAUGAUCAAGACUCCGCCAACGAGGCAGCAGCUUCCCAUCAAGCUAUUCAAGAUGGGCUACUCAGCGAGUACGAGAACCGGGGCGAGGAGAGCAUGCGUAAGAUGGAUAACAAGUUACUCAAGACAAAGCUCGAGAAGGAUGAGGGGGCCAUCUCCAAGGAGUCCGAGAUGCCAGGUUCAGAUCCCAGUAACAAUGACGACCCUAUCAACGGAGCAGUAGCUCCUGCGCAUAUUUAUGGAGACAACUUCUACAACGAACACAUGGCUGUAUUUUUCCCUACAGACAGGGAAUCAUAUGACAAACUUGCGGAUAUUGUCAUGAAGAAGCCGGAACCGGACUAUCUUUGGAUGGGCGGUCCCGAUUAUAAGAAGUAUCUCGAACGAGCCCGACCGAUCCAAUGAGGGCUAGUGCGAAUACACUACUUUACAGAGCAACGGCCACUACUUUACAGAGUAACGGGGCCGACGACUAGAGAAACUAGGCCGAUGACAAGAGCAAGAGGGUCAUCCACAAGAUGGAUAGGCCCGAGGAGGAGUGAAACAAUCUCGGGCGACGUUGGAUUGGGGGCGCAAUUGCGAUCAGAGGAUAGCAGCAUUAGUCAGAUGACGAGGCAAGAGUUAACGGAACGUAUUGGGACCUUAAAUGGGCGUCGGUCUCGAUCAACAGAGGAUAGAUAGCCUGCGGGCCUAGGAUAGGGACGAAGGUUCAUAGUUUCACAACGAG